GAGGAGCGCGCGAGACCAGUGUGUAGACUCAACAGCUGUGCGCUCCCCGGGACGCGCUGUGCCAAAAAAGAAGCGCAACGUUACGCUCGAAAAGUUUCCUUGCCAGAAUAUUUUUUGUUGGUGUUGAUCGCUUACAAUCCAAAGCAGGAGUAGCGGCAUUUCAGUGGAUCUACAGUAAAGAUGGAGUUGUUAUCGGCUGUGUGGCUUUGCCUUUACCUCGUCAUGGCUGUUCAAGGUAACAGUGAAUACCACGCCGACCCUCUCAGUGUUUCGACACCCUACGUCUCCUACAUGUGCCCUGAAGGUGCUAAUGUCACGCUGGUGUGCGAACAGUCUGGCUCUCUGGAUCAUCCAAAAGACCGUCUGCAUCACGCCUGGCUCUUUACGCAACACAUGGACCAGCGGUGUCACAGUCCCCUGCACGGGCAACACAGCAACUCUAUAGUGUACAGAUCCCAGGCCAAGUCUUUCAGCAUCACGCUGCUCGAGGUGACACAGGCCAACCAGGGACGCUACUGCUGCCUGGUGCUGGACCUCCAGCCAGAAAGCAAGCACAAGCCACACGUGCUACAGGAAGCACACAGCUACAUGACGCUCACUAUCAUGCCACGUCGCAAUAAUAGUCUGAAGUGCACACAGCUGUCAAUGGCUCCUUCCCAAAGUAUAUCAAGUAUGCCUUUAGUAAAAGAAGGUUCAGUGACUGCAUCUGUGGCUAUAGGUGUAGUCAUUAUGUGUGUUUUGUGUCUGCCUGUCUUGCUGGUCCUGGUAUAUCGACAAAGACAAACAACUCACAGCAGCCGACGUGCACACGAGCUUGUUCGCAUGGGCAGUGAGGCUCAAGGCCAUGAGAACCCUGUGUACAUGGGAAGUUCUCCAAAAACUCCAUCUCGCACCGUGGCUCAGAUUCUAACGCGCCAGACGUCCGAAACCGGACGUCACCUUCUCGCCGACCCUGGCACCCCGUUCAGCCCGAACCCGCAAGGAGAUGUGUUUUUCCCUGCACAUGAGCCCAUCCCGGAGUCACCAGACUUCCAGCCAUUGUAGGAUGGAGAGACGCUGUCAUUCUCAGCACCCAUGAAAUGCCCUGCACUUUUUCUUUCUGUACAUCUUCUCCUCCUCCUCCUUCCAUCCAUCCUCCCUAUUUUCUCUAUACAAGACGACGACGACGACAAGAGAGAGCAAACUUCCACAACAUCCUUCUACACACACACACACUCAGAUUUUCCACCUGUACAGCCAGGGGCCAGGAGGAGCUCAUUUCACUGUGUUGUGGGGGAAUGCUUAUUCUCAGUCAGACUGGAAUGUUCCACACCCGAGAGAAAAGAGGGUCGGUUUCAGUAAGAGGUGUGGCUUCUCGUACUGAUAAGCCAGACCACUGGAGAGCACGCACUCAUAUCUCUCAUACAAGUUUUGUCUCAUCUCAUUGAGGCAGAACCCCCCUCCAUCGUCCAUCCCCUGUCGGCCACCAACUGCUUUUUAUUUAGCACGUGUGUAUGUCAGUGUGUCAGAGAUCAUCUACAUUUGUAUUUGUAACAUCUGUAUGUUGGUUAUGAAAAAGUUACUAUGACUGCCAAAGAAAACUCAAGAAGGUCACUUAGCUUUAAGGUAUUGAAUAAAUAUUUAGUGAGUAUUGAA